UUCUGGUCAUUUGUGUACUAAAAUUAAACUCAAUGUUUGAGUGGGCUGCACUACAUUUUCUUGGGUCCAGGUGGCCUGGUAUACCCAAAAAGCUGACCUUCUUGCCAAAACGCAGCGUUCUGUUCUAACACCAUCUGAAAUUUCAUAAACACGAGGUCAUCCUCUCUAGUUACCUUUCUCCAAAAACCCUACAAGCCCCCGAAGAACUCGCACAAUCAACCAUGGGUCUUCUCUCUUGGUUCAGAGGUGACUCCAAACCUCAAACCCAAACCAUACCCAAGUCCAACGAGACUCCGAAACCCGUUCCGGGAAUGAACGGCGCCGUUGAAGUGCCCAGACCCGAGAGUGUUACGGUGUUCGAAUUCGGGUCUGUAGCUGCUACUACAGAUAAGGUUACGUUAGCCGGAUUCUGCCCCGUGUCCGACGAGCUCGAGCCUUGCCGCUGGGAAAUUCUGCCCGCGAAUGGAUCCGACGCUCCUCAGUUUCGCAUCGUCUUUUGACAAUGAAAAAUCUGUUGUAAUUCGGUAAAAAAAAAUUUGAUUAUAAGAAAGUCGAACCUUAAAAUAGACUUGUUUUUAUAGACUAUUGUUUUUCGGUUAAUAAGAAGUACAUUUUUCUUAUGAAUUUUGAUUGUUUUAUUUUUAUUUUAAGAAUUUAAGUUAAUUUAGGGUAGAAAAAUGCCCAAAUUAUUAUGUAUUCUCAUUAAGUUAUUUCAAUCGGUAAUUUUCAAU